GCAAGGAGAAGAGACAACCCUUUCUGGAUGAAUGUUCUUUCAUCUUUUAUCCCUAGCCUUAUCCAAUCAAUCGACCAAUUUCAACCUCCCCCCACGGUAACGAAGGACAGCUAGACAGUUUUAGACGACAGGAGAAAAAAAAAAUGGCCGAUACUACCUUGAACGACAAGGAGCUGAAAGAGGCUUACGACUUUGCCGUACAGCUGGGCAAGGAUGCUGGGGCAAUGUUGAUGGACGCAGCGCGGGCCCGAUUUGGGACCAGUGCUGUGCAGAAGUCGGUCGAGAAGGACAGCAAACCUUACCAUGGACUUGCUGUUGACACGCCGGCUGGACCCCCGGGGUCGUUUAGUGCGGUGGAUAUCGUAACCGAAACGGACUUCAAGGUCGAGGAAUUUAUACGGACGACCAUUGCCAAGAAAUACCCUAGUCACAGCUUCAUCGGCGAAGAGUCAUACUCUGCCGGCGCGUCACGGGAUUAUCUCGUAACUUCGGCUCCGACAUGGAUCGUCGACCCACUUGACGGGACCGUCAACUUCACGCAUCUGUUCCCCAUGUUCUGCGUGUCCAUCGGCCUGGUCGUCAACCACGACCCCGUCGUAGGUGUCAUCAACGCUCCCUUUGCCAACCAGUUCUUCUCGUCCUGUCGAGGCCACGGCGCCUGGCUCAACGAGACCAUCCCCUUGCCGCUGGUCAAGGACUCGCCGCUGCCUCCUUUGGCCCCCAAGGGUUGCAUAUUCUCUUGCGAGUGGGGAAAGGACAGGAGGGAUCUGCCAGAGGGGAACCUCCACAGAAAAGUAGAGACUUUCAUCAACAUGGCGACCGAGCUUGGGGGUCGUGAUGGUAAAGGUGGUAUGGUCCACGGCAUAAGGAGUUUAGGCAGUGCGACGCUCGAUCUGGCUUAUACGGCAAUGGGGUCGUUUGAUAUAUGGUGGGAAGGUGGUUGUUGGGAGUGGGACGUCGCCGCAGGAAUAGCAAUCCUCAAAGAAGCAGGCGGGCUAGUGACGACGGCGACCCCUCCUUCGGAUCCAGAAACGGCCGAGAUUCAGGACGCACGGCUCGGCAGCAGACUCUAUUUGGGUAUUCGAGCUGCAGGUCCUUCCGAUGGCGAGACGGCUAGACAGGCGCAGGAGAGGGUGGUUAGGGAGGUUUGGAAGAGGUAUCACAACACGCCACAGGCACCGCGCCCAGCGACCGUUAUCCCCGCGCACAUACAACCAUCGCAAAAGAAAGCCUACAUACCCUACCCGACAUUCCUUCUCCACGGAGGCAGUGACUCGAGCACUAGCCACGAUGACGAUCUGCCAUGGAUAUUAAUAUCAACGUCGGCAUCGGAGGCGCCGCCCCGUCCGUCAGCGUACCCAAAGCCGAGACAGCACAUGCGGGCUCCCGCGCCGCCACAAGCACAGCGACCACAAGCCACCGGCCCCAUGCGCUAUUGCUCGCAGACUUUUCACGAGCACAGGAGGCUUUCUAGGAAGCCCAUGUCGGCAGAUCUCCACUCCCUUUACAGCCUGCACAGCGACGAGGGAAGCACAAGCGGGAGCAGCGACAUACAACGGGCGGAUAGCUUCAGCGGCGCGAGCAGAACCAGCAGCAGUGGCUGCUCAAGGAGUGAUAGCAACAGCAGCUCUAGGACCACCAGCAGUUGUUACAGCAACGAGAGUGUCGGAGGCAGCAGCCACGGGAGCUCCAUAGACUCACUGCCAUCACAGCAGGGGCGGAGGCGGGAAUGGCGAAAUUCGCUCCCAUUACAACAGGAGCAGAGGCGUGGACUAUACGAUCCGCCGCAACAGCAAGGGCAGAGACAGGAAUGGUGCAGUCCUCUGCCGCCACUGGGGCAAAUGCGGCAGUCGGACCCGCUAUACGACAUUCUGGUCAGCACCCAUUCGUCCGAGAUGCGAAGCAGCUUCUCCGCCAGGAGGGUUGCGAGCAGGAUGGUCAGUGAUUCACCACCACCGCCACCGCCGGAAAGGAACGCCGCUAGAGGUCAUACAUAUAUGCCAACGCCACCUGAGAUGUCGCCGAGGGGAAUCUUGAGGUUUGCGUCGUCGCAAAGGCCCAGCAGGAAAAGAGUAUCUUUCAAGAGAGAACCAGAACUGGAGGAGUCGAUGGGGUUACAGGAACGUAGUUCUUCAGAAUGGGAGGUUUUGGAAGAGCCUUCGUGGGCGAUGUAA